UUCUUUUUUUCAAACCUUUGCAUCCACUGUCUAUCUGCUUUUUUGUUUUUCUUGCCAAUUAAUCUGCCUUCUUCUUUUUCCACCUCAGGUAGAAGACUGUACCCCAGAAUCAGUCUUCUCCCCUUUCAUCAUUCACGCCUGCUACACGCUACCCGGACACGCGGGUCUGCCUUAUCCCUCCCCCAAUCCUGGCCUCGUCGCGCCACUCAGUCAAUGACGGUCCGUCGUCCAAACGGCGGAGAUUAGUCUCCUCUGCAGCGUCCGGCAGACAUUCAGCUUCAGCAUCGACCUUUUCUACGCCUGCUUCUUUCCCUCAGUUCAUGUCGUCCCUGUCGAGUCCGGCGUCUUCCCGAUCUGCUUCAUCCACCACCACCACCGCAGCAGCAGCCGCAGCCGCCGCUUUCGCCGCCCCACCGCCUUCUUCUGGUCUCAGGGCUCAUGCGAGCUCGGAGCAUUUACGGACAAGUGAGGCCGGUCCUCCACUAGAUAGACGUACUGAAAGACGACGAUCCACUCUCAGCGGGUCGGAUCGUAAGCGACGGAUAGUCAGUCUGGAGGCGGAUGCGUGGUCGAGGCGUGCAGUUCCCGAGCCGUUGACGGAAACCGGGCCGAGCAGUAGCAGUCGAGCAGCAGCAAUGGAUAGCAGGCCUAUUCCCCGGUUUUCCUCGUUCGAGACGCAGACGCAGACGCAAACGCAGACGCCCCAGGAUCCUCCUCCUUCGUCAUAUGCCAAUCCCAUCGAUCUAACAUCACCCCCACCGCAGUCUCGGCCGCAGGGUAUAUCUAGCUCGACUGAUAACUACCGUCGAGGAUCGUGGUCACGGACGGGUACUGGUGCUUAUGUGGAGUAUACACGGCCGCAAUGGCAGCCUGAUGCGGAGGUGACGAAAUGUCCCAUUUGCGGGACAACGUUCAGCUUUUGGUACAGGAAGCAUCACUGCCGUAAAUGUGGCCGGGUCGUGUGUGCGUCAUGUUCCCCCCACCGGAUUACUAUUCCCCGACAGUUCAUCGUGCGCGACCCCAAUCGUUCUUAUGCAUCCUCCUCUCUGAUCCCCCCGCGCGCGGCUCCCGUCAUUGAUUUGGAAGGUGAUGACGCCGCCACCUCCCCAACUGCCCUCAACCCGGCCCUGGGGGGCGGGGAGGAGGUGCGGCUGUGUAACCCCUGCGUCCCAGAUCCCAACCCAGACCCGCCUCGUGGGUUUGCGACGGUUCGGAGCCGCGGGGGAGCAGAUUCACGUUCGGGCAUAGGGCAGGGGGCUUACCCUACUUCAUUCAGUCAAUCUGGACAUCGAUCUUAUCAUUCCGUGUCAUCGCCCGCUAAUCAAAUUACCCACAGUGGAGGCCUGCAGCAGCCAGGUACAUUUCCCUCACGACCAGGACGACGGACUGUAGGCUCAAGCGAUUAUACCACGUUUGGUGGAUUGGGCGGUGCCUUUGCUCCACGGCUGCAGGAACGGCCCAGGCCCAUCGAUUACGGAUCAUUGUCUAGUUCCCGCUUCCAUCCCAUCUCCAUGGGUUCCAGUGCCUCCUCUCGACCGCUGCCGUAUCCGGGUGCGGGGAGUGCCAGUUCAUUGCCCGUAUCGUCGACAGCCCGAUCUUCGUCUCUCGGGGUAGCGCCGUGGCGGCGGCCUCACGUCGAAGAGCGCGAUCUCUGUCCGAUCUGUGACCAAGAGCUUCCACCUUUGGGCAACAACGGGGACGAGACUAGUCGGGAGGCGCAUAUCCGUGACUGUAUUGAAAGCCAUGGUCGACAGGGUCGCAUGUCCCCGCAGAACGGUAGCCCAGCGGCGUCGUCACCCGUUCCCGUUCGUCUGGUUGUAUUCAAGGCGACGGAGAAGGACUGCGUGGGACAGGAUGGAGGGUUACAGGAGUGUACCAUUUGCAUGGAAGAAUACGAGGUUGGGCAGUCGCUGGUGCGGCUGGAGUGUCUGUGCAAAUUCCACAAGCGAUGCAUCGUUGAAUGGUUUGAGCGGAAGAAGGAGUGCCCGGUGCAUAAAGUCUCCUGAACGAGCCUGAUGUCUUUCAUGUUGGUGUUUUGUGGUUUUAUAGCGGGGCCUCUUUUUGUACUGUGCAAGCUUGGUUGCGGCUGGAUUUCCGCCUUCUUGUCGGUCUGAUGGUGGCUUUGUUUUUCUUUCCUUUGGUGAGGCAAAUGUUCUUCUUCCCAGCACUAUUUCGCCGAGCCGGCGUCCCGGCCCUGUUGUCUGUUGUCUCAUUCUAACUUGUUUUGCAGCUGUCAAGCAGCUUGGGGUUCUUGUGUUUGGUUGAAGAGAGUGAUGAGUUUCUCUCUGG